AUGGCACAAACUCCACAACAGGGGGCGCACUCUCGCGCACCGCUGAUCGGUCGCCUCGACAAAUAUGAUGAGGUGGAAGAUAUCCGUAACUAUGUUGAGCGGCUGAACUUGUAUUUUCAAGCAAAUGACAUUGCUCAGGAGAAAAAGACAGCUGUUCUGUUAAGUGCAGUCGGUCCAACUGUGUAUAAAACUGCUAAAAGUCUUGCAGAGCCAACCCCAGUAACUGAGAAAACAUACACAGAACUGUGUGAGUUGUUGAUCGCCCACUAUGGACCCAAACGCCUGGUUGUGUCAGAGCGUUUUCGCUUCUACAAAAGGGAUCAACAGCCAUCAGAGACCAUUGCACAGUAUGCCAUGACACUUCAAAACUUGGCCAGUACAUGUAAAUUUGGCCAGUUUCUCGACGACGCAUUGCGAGACAGGCUUGUGUGUGGUCUGACCAGCAACAAUAUCCAGAAACAUCUUCUCACCAAAGAUGGUCUCACCUUCAAAGCAGCCGUGGACUUGGCCAAAAUCCUUGAAACAGCUGUCAAGGACUUGCGUGAAUUUAAGAACAGCCCUAAUGCAGACACAGUAUCAGUUCACGCACUACACCGAAACGCCAAGCAACCGUACAAGCAACCGUACAAGCCAUCGUUCAAACAGCCACCCCCACAGACACGUGCCAAACCUCAACAAGGCGGGAAGAGAUGCAGUAGAUGUGGCAGAGAUCCAAGCCACCAAUCCUGUCCAGCAAGUGGACAAAAGUGUAACUACUGCCAGAAACUUGGUCACUUCUCGGUAGUGUGUCGCGCUAAACCGAAGAAGUUGCAUACAGUACAGCACGAUCCAACUGACAGCGAUGAUGGGGACACUGAAACUAAUGAUUUCUUCGUUGGAACAGUGCAUCACACCAGCCAUGACAUACUAAAUGGUGAUGUGUGGAGACAACCUAUCAAAGUGCAGGGACAGAUGGUGCAGUUCCUGCUAGAUACAGGUUCGGAAGUCAACAUCCUACCCGCUAACGUGUACAAAUCACUGAAACUCAGUGAUAAGACAUUGCAGCCAACGACACUUCGCUUGCAUGGCUACUUUGGUGGCAAGGCCAAACCUCUUGGACAAAAGAAACUGUCAUGUGAAAUGAAGAAUCGUCAGUACUCGUUGGUGUUCCAGAUUCUUGCCAGUGGUCAGCCUGUCAUUGGCAAGACAGCAUGUGAAGCACUUGGUCUGAUACAGCGGGUGUACACCAUGGUGAACCGAGACAACGUGUUUGAAGGCACGGGUUGUCUUGAAGGCCCACCGGUUAACAUAAAGAUAACCGACUCCGCUACUCCAUACUGUGUGACCGCUCCUCGCAGAAUCCCCUUGCCCCUACUUCCCCAGUUGAAGCAAGAACUGGAAAAGAUGGAAACCCAAGGUAUCGUGAAGCGCAUCACUGAGCCGACAGAGUGGUGUGCUCCAAUCGUGAUUGUACCCAAGAAGAACAACCAGAUUCGACUCUGUGUAGAUCUGCGACAACUGAAUAAAGCUGUGCAGAGGGAGCGUUUCACUAUCCCCAGCCUGGAAGAGGUUUUGGGAAAGAUUGUUGGUGCACAAGUGUUCUCCUUACUCGAUGCAAAGCACGGGUUUUGGCAGAUACCCCUUGCUAGUGACAGUCAGAAAUUGACAACCUUCAUAACUCCAUUUGGGCGUUUCUGUUUUACGCGACUCCCUUUCGGCAUCACAUCAGCGCCUGAGUUGUAUCAGCGUAUUAUGUGUGACCUACUCGUGAAUCUGGAUGGUGUAGUUGUCUACAUAGAUGAUAUUCUCAUCACCGGCCGAACACAGGCAGAGCACGAUCAACGUGUGCAUCGUGUAGUCCAAAUCCUACAGAAAGCUGGCUUGCGGCUAAACAAAGAGAAAUCAAAGUUUUCUCAGUUCAUACAGACCAGACAGCUGAUGACAGUGAUGAUCUCGCAGCAGAAAUUGCAGCACACGUGA